AUUUGCGCAAAGAUUCGGCGCGAACCCCUCCAUCCUAUCCGUCGGAUAUCCACAGCUUUGACAUCGCACAAGGCGCCCCAAGCUCGUUGAUUACGACGCCCUUCUUGUCCCUUGUCUCGGUUUCUACUUCUUAUUACGUCCUCUUUACCUUUCGUCGAUACAUUUGAAAGUUUGUUUUGACUUGUAGCAGCUCUUUUUGCUCCAAUUAAUUUCCCGCGGCGAAAAAGCAUCCAGUUCCAAAUUAUCAUAUCCUUCGACCGGUACCCCAUCCGUCUCUUGGUUGCGCGCCUGUGCGACACGGAGUGACCGUUGUGCAAGUCGAUUUUCAAAACAACAACACAAGACUCUAAAAAUAUGGCGUACAACCGACCCUACAACCCGGACGAGCUUCCCAGGUUCGCCGAGCCCGAAUCAAAGGGCAGCAACCAGAAACUUCCGUCUCCUUCCCAGGCGAGCCCUCAGUUCCACCAGCCGCAGCACCCACAAAGCCGAUAUGAGAACAAGCCUGUCCCUCCCCGGCCCGACCAGAGGCCUCUUGGUAGCGCGACACAGCAGCGCCCACCGGUAACAAGCCGCCCGCCGCCGAGUCCCGCACCACCCGAGACCAAAGAUGGCAACGAUCCCACUCUGAGGCCGCUGUUCAGGGCAGUCGACAAGGACGGCACCGGUCAGCUAUCUGAAAAGGAACUCUCCGCGGCCCUCGUCAACGGAGAUUGGACGGCCUUCGACCCGCACACGGUCCGCAUGAUGAUCCGCAUGUUCGACGCCGACCGCUCUGGCACCAUUGGUUUCGACGAGUUCUGCGGCCUCUGGUCAUUCUUGGCCAGCUGGCGCACGCUCUUUGACCGCUUCGACACGGACCGCUCCGGCAACAUACAGCUCGAGGAGUUCCGCAACGCGCUCGUCGCCUUCCGGUAUCGGCUGUCGGACCGCUUCACCGAGCUGCUCUUCAGGACGUACGACAAGCGCGGCGAGGGCUCCAUGAGCUUCGACCUGUUUGUUCAGAGCUGCAUCUCUCUCAAGCGCAUGACGGACGUGUUCAAGCGCUACGAUGACGACCGCGACGGCUACAUCACGCUCAGCUUUGAGGACUUUUUGACGGAGAUUCUGAAGCAGCUCAAGUAGUGCUGAGAGAAUGCGACCUUGUCGAGUGGGCUGUGCAUGGUAUUUUUUUUUGUGGGGAUAUGGAAGUUUAAGACUGCCGAAUGAAAUAUCAUAGAAAACAAAAACGCCAAGCCAAGCCAAUCAGGGGAACGAGGGAUGCAUCAGGAGCUAUGGCCCAUCAUUCUGGGUAAUUUGUAGUAUUAUUCAUUAUUUUUCUUUUUGUAUGGCGACCAUUUCAAGACUCCUCAAGUGUCUUGCGUUCAUUCCACGGUUGAAUAGACGAAUCAGAAGUCCAUCAGCACCAAUCCGUUUGGCCAUCCAAGAACGACGCGCACGCCUCUGACGUUGUUGACCUGA